CAGACAGCAGGCUGGAGCCCUGGUACUCUUACACCCACUGGUUCCCCAUGGCCUCAUCCCACGUGAUGAAGCCCGGCCCGGAGCCAGUGCCCCGCAUGCAGCCCGCCAUGAUGAUGUUCUCCAGCAAGUACUGGUCCAGGAGGGGUAUGUCUCUGGACUCGGCCAUGUUUGACCAGCAGCAGCAGCGCCACACGGGGGGGCAGAUGUCGAGGCGUCCAUCCUUCUGUCCCAUCGACGAGGUGCCGGACAAAGAGAGCGCUGAGGAUUGUGGGAAGACGGCGGUGGUAUUUUCUCUGAAGAAUGAGGUGGGCUGUCUGGUCAAAGCCCUCAGACUCUUCCAGGAGAAGCGAGUGAACCUGAGCCACAUCGAGUCUCGGAUGUCAAAGCGAGUCGUUAAUGAGGUGGAGAUCUUUGCCGACUGCAGCUGUAGCAAGAAAGAGUUUGAGGAGCUGCUGCAGCACCUCAGAGACCACGUUAACGUCAUCUCCUUCAACACACCUGCACACGUGUGGUCCGCUGAGGCAGCAGAUGAAGACGAUGUUCCCUGGUUCCCGAUGAAGAUCUCUGAGUUGGAUCAGUGUUCUCACAGAGUGUUGAUGUACGGAUCAGAGCUGGACGCAGACCACCCUGGCUUUAAGGAUGAAGUUUACCGUCAGAGGAGGAAAUACUUUGUGGAAGUGGCCAUGAAUUAUAAAUUCGGGCAGCCCAUCCCUCAUAUCGAGUACACCCCGGAGGAGGUCCGGACGUGGGGGGUGGUCUUCAGAGAGCUGACCCAGCUGUACCCGACUCACGCCUGCAGAGAAUACCUGAAGAACCUGCCGCUGCUCAGCAAACACUGUGGUUACCGAGAGGACAACAUCCCCCAGCUGGAGGACGUCUCCCUGUUUCUCAGAGAGAGGUCUGGGUUCACUGUGAGACCAGUAGCAGGUUACCUGUCCCCCAGAGACUUCCUGGCUGGUUUGGCCUACAGAGUGUUUAACUGCACUCAGUACGUUCGUCACAGCACCGACCCGCUCUACACACCUGAGCCAGACACCUGUCAUGAGCUGCUGGGUCACGUUCCUCUGCUGGCGGAUCCAAAGUUCGCUCAGUUCUCUCAGGAGAUCGGUCUCGCGUCUCUGGGAGCGUCUGAUGAGGACGUUCAGAAACUGGCCACAUGUUAUUUCUUCACCAUCGAGUUUGGACUCUGCAAACAGGACGGACAGCUGAGAGCUUAUGGAGCCGGUUUACUGUCGUCUAUCGGGGAGCUGAGGCAUGCCCUAUCAGACCGGGCCUGUGUGAGGACCUUUGAUCCAAAGACCACGUGUAACCAGGAGUGUCUCAUCACCACCUUCCAGGACAUCUACUUUGUGUCCGAGAGCUUCGAGGAGGCCAAAGAGAAGAUGAGGGAGUUUGCUAAGUCGAUCAAGAGGCCGUUCUCGGUGUACUACAACCCGUACACUCAAAGCAUCGACCUGCUCAAAGACACCCGCGGCAUCGAGAACGUGGUUCAGGACCUGCGCAGCGACCUCAACACCGUGUGUGACGCGUUGGGAAAGAUGAACACCUACAUGGGCAUCUGAGUCUGAGCUCUGUUUGGUUUGAAACAUCACCUGUGUUCAUGUCUCUGUGCUCUGAUUGGUUUAAAUCAUCACCUGUGUUCAUGUCCCCGAGUUUUUAUUGGUUUAAAUGAUCACCUGUGUUCAUGUCUCUAAGCUCUGAUUGGUUUAAUUGAUCACCUGUGUUCAUGUCUCUGAGCUCUGAUUGGUUUAAUUGAUCACCUGUGUUCAUGUUUAUGAUGUUUAUGAUAAAUGUUUAAUCAAAGUGGCACCAAACUGGAUUUAAAUAGUAACUAAACUACAGAGUUUUGUCUGAAAUGUUUUUAGCCUGCAAGUUAAAAAAAAUGUCUCUAGAACGGGAAGAAAGUAUCAACAUGAUCAAAGCUGGAGGAUCUACCGAUACAAUGUUACCCGUCCUCUUAUAGGUAGUGAUAACGAUACUAAUACUGACACUG